CAUGAGAACCCUAUCUCUGUAAAGACAGAGCCAUUGUCAAAACUGUGAGCUAGGGGCCGGUCAUUGAGCACAACUCCAGUGUGGAUGAAAGAUGAGCAGAUUGCGAUGUCAUGAAACAGGUUACCUCAUUCUACUUCACCAAUUUUCUGGAGGAUUGGGGUGUGAAGGAUCUGUGGGAAAAACUUGUGAUCUAUGGAAAACUUACAGAUGUUUUCUUACUGAGGAAAAGAGAUGGAAUGAGACCCCUCUUGAGAACCUGUUCCCUAUCCAGGCAGUGAAGAGCAAGGCAGGUACUCUCAAAGAUACAGGAACCAGAAAUCUCACAAAAAUUGUGGGAUGUGAUAAUUUAGCAGCAGAAGGAGUCAUAAUGUCAGUGUAUCCUUUGGGUGGAAAUCUAGUUUUGUUGGAAGUCAGAGAUAAGGAUUUGCUAGAAAAAUUGAUUGAAGGAAAAAUUAACUGGUGGAAAGCUUGGUUUGAUCGUUUCAAGCGAUGGUCUCCAUUGGAUGGUGCUGGAGCUAGUCAAAAGUUUGUUUGGCUUCAAGUUGUCAAGUUUCAAGAAGAAGAUGGAACUUUGAAAGACGUGGAUGAGGCACUGCCCGAGAAUUCAGCUGCAGUAAAUGGCCAUAUCAAGGCUGAUGCACGGGCUGUGGACUCUUUAAAUGACUUAAUUGAUUCAAAUUUGAAAUUGAAAUCUGAUGUGGAUGGGAAUCAAGCUGAUUCUGAGCAAAUUGUGCCACUUUUAGUGGAAUUAAUGGAGAGAGAUGAUGCAGAUGGGGCUGCUUGGUGCAAGUAAUGAGGGCCUUUUAUGUUUUGAUGGUGGAGUGAAGAAUUGCUUGUUGUUGCCAGGCUAUCUUUCCUGGCUUAAGGUGUUGUCUAUAGGUGAAUUUAAAAAAGCGUGAAGGAUUGAUCAAAGUGUUUGCUUGGCUUGUGGGACAUUUUUGUAUCAAGCUUGUUUGUUAUGAACUUUUGAUGUGUUAAGUUUUGUGUCCAUUAGCAGCUGUGAGCAUGUGUGUUUUGAACCCUUUCUUGUACUAGGUGGGUUUUUUUAGAAGCUGUUGUGAGACUUUGUGUUUUGAGUCUAUUUUGAGGGAAUGUGUGGUUAAGUUUUUUAGUCAGUUGAUUGUUGUGAUUUUUGUUGUGUUCGGGUUGAAUAACCCUUGUACUCACAUUGAAUAAAUUUUAUUUUUGCUG